AUGAACGAAGUCGAAGCCGAGCCUGUCGCCAACGGCGCAGAUUCUGGCUCUGCCAAUGUCGACUUCGCGGCUCUCAAAGGAGCUCUGACCUCCUCUUCCACCAGAGUCAGAGUCGAUCAGCUGCGCGCACUACAAGAACGCAUAACCCAAAAGAAGUUCGACCUGCCCCUCGUUCCCAAGCUUCUUCAGCUCCUGUUCUGGACACAUGCCUUUUACGUCGACCGCCAGUCCCGUCUCGGUGCGCAAAAAUGCCUGUCUGCCCUGCUGGCUAGCGGCCUGGAACCCGAAUUGCUAGCCAAACUUGCCUCCAUCCUGCGGGCCGAAUCUGUCAAGCCUGGCAUUGCCAUAACCAGCGCUUUCGUGCUGGUCGAAUGGUGCAGCAUCUUCAUGCAGGAACUGUCAGGCACGCCGUCUUGGCCCCAGGUUGCUCCUCAAAUACUGCUCGCCAAUGCCGACUCACUCGAAAAAUGCCAGCAACCCGCAGGACGAGGAACUGUGGCCCGCGCCGCCAUUGUCGUGACCCGGAGAGGUUUGCGAAAGUUGCUCGCCCCUACCGCCGACUUGGAGAAGACCGUGAAGGAGGCUGUCGAACUUCUCACGGCCAAGGCUGCGCAGCCUACCGCCAAGAACGCCGUCCUUCUCGGUGUCAUCGCUGGGGUCGCCUCUCGCAAGCCUGACGCUGGCGCAGUCUUGGAGACCCUGAAGGCGUCCUACUUCGCCUUCUACACUAGAGAGGUUGUGGGCUCUCGUGUCGCCGUGCCUGAUCAUGUCGCUGCUGGUUUGCGUGACUUCUUCUCCGAUUUUGUCACACUGGACGAGCUCACCAAAGACGUCAUCCCAACUGUCGAGAAGGGUCUGCUGAGAGCCCCUGAGAUUGUUUGGGAGGUUCUGGCUCCUCUCGUCCGCUCUCUCCCACCUUCCCAUGAUCUCUCACAAAUCCUAAGCGAGCGUUUGCUUAAGCCUAUCUUGGCCAAUGUCAAAUCCAGCAACCCUGCCAUCAGGUCAAGCACUGUCGCCGCCUUCGACCUUAUCGCAUCCAGGAGCCACGAUGGCAAGGCCUUGGAAAAGGCCUGUGAUGAGGUCGUUACUCCUUUGAAGGGGGGAAAGUUGGCGUCUGCAGAUCACAGGAUUUUACACUGCGAGAUGCUAUUGGCCCUCCCGCAAUCUGAUGCGGUUGCUGAGAAGAUCGCCACGGCCCUCGCCACGGUGACUGCGAAGGAAGGAAACGAGGCAGCUGUAGCAGCAGAGACUGCGGCGUUGGCCAGAUCAACCUCACAUCUUCUACAGUCGGAUCUCGACGUGCCCAAGCCCGUCCUUGACGCCUUUAUGAAGGGUGCGGCAGACAAGAAACCUGCUCUUCGGAGGAUCUGGAUCCUUCGCGCUGGAGAGGUCAUUGGAGACGUAACCAAAGUCCAGUCAACAUCGUCGUCCACCCUCAAGUUCGCCGAAGGCAUCUUACCUAAGCUCGUGGAUGCACACAAUGAGGUUGUUGCGAACCCACAAUUGGCUGCCCAAAACAAUGCCACCAUUGGCGCUUACGUCGUCGUGGCUCUUCUGUGCUCUGCCUCUGGUAGCAAGCUUUUUGGAGCCGUCAAGCUGCCUACCGCGAGAGCAUCGAUCCUCAAGCAGGCCGUGACUUUGGAUCCGAAACCUUCCUUCCUACUCAACCCUCGCGUCUAUGGCAAAAUCGCUACAGAGGACGAGCUCACUUGGAUGUCCCGCGCUCUUGCAUCAGCCGCAUCUGGCCUCACCGUGGCUACCCCUAGCGAUGUCAAAACUGCUUGGUCAGAAGCCUUUCUCUACCUGAUAUGUGCCUCGGCUGUCACGCCCAAGAUUCGACAAUUGGCCCUUGAUAGCCUAUCAAGCCUGUACGCCGCGCAACCAGCGUUGAUUUCCACAGCAAUCGUGGGUGCCAUCUGGCACUGGCUCGAGGCGUUAGAUGCGGGUGAAAAGGAUACUGCGGCUGUGUUAGCUCGAACAGAGCGGAACAGCCUUCACCUCGUGGUCAGGGCUAUUUGCCUGUCUCCGAAAGACUGGCAAGAGCGGGAAAUAGUCCCUGAAGAGCAGCAUCUAGAGCGCCAGCUUUGCGCUCUGUUUGUGCUCGCACGGCCAGAGCUUCUGCCAAGAUCGAACUGGAUCGAUCUCUGUCUGCGUGUAGAGAAGGAUCCUGGUGACCUGGCUCGUCGGUACGAAGCCGAUCUACUCGACGAAAUCCGCAACAAAUCGGGCGCCGAACAAAGUUCCGCGUUGGUCAAAAAGGCUGCGUGCAACGCCGCCGCCGAGCUCGCCUUCGUUGCACCCGAGACAAUGACGCCUCGCAUUGUUGAACUCAUUGAGCAGGACCUUGAGGUAGAGGAGUUGAAGAAGAUUGGACCUUUGGAGGCUGCGAUUUACAGAACACCAGAGGGCACAGCAUUCGUUGACGUGCUGGCCAAAAAGGCACAAGACGCCGUCCCGGACAAGAACAACAAGGACUACGAUAUUCUCAAAUGGGAGGCUGAACUUCGCUCGUCGCUGGCACAGAAAAAGGGGCAGCAGAAGAAGCUUACUGCCGAGGAAACGGCACGCGUCAACGCUCAACUGAAGAAAGAAUCUGCCAUCCGGCACUCUAUACGUCUGCUUGAAGCCAGGCUGUUCAGGGGCAUUGGUAUCAUUCAGAGCCUUGCCUUAGGCCCUCCCACAGAGGCAGCCUUGUGGAUGGGCCCCGUAAUUACUGCCUUGCUCGGCGUGAUCGACGCUGGAGCCAGCAUGCUAACCGGCGAAGCCGCAUCUACUGCUUAUCUCGCCUGCUCUGAGAAGAUAUCGAGCAGAUUGGGUCCUUUCAGGCCUUUUGUUGGUGUAGCUACACUUCGUGCACGGGGCGUAACAUCCCUGCCCGAGAGCCAGAUGCAAGAGCCGGUCGAAGAGCUCGUAACACGAGUGUUAUAUCGUCUUCGAUUUUCUGGCGAGCAGCGCCCUUUCGAUGCCAUCUCUCUUACCUACACUCUCCCUCUCAUCUUUUUCAUUCUCGAGAGUGGUGGUCUUGGGUCGACGCCUGAUGAUCGCGAUACCCAGCUUGUCCUUGCAAUUGAAUUCCUUAGCUUCCACACAAACGUUUGCGAAGAUCAGACAACACCGCGAGGCCAAGUGCUAUCCGUCUUGGUCACUGCAAUGCAGCAGUACACUCAACACUUUAAGAUCAUCAAGGAUUGCUUCGCCGACGCUUGUCGCUGUAUAGCUCCGAACAUCGCUUCAGAAGAGAUCGGAGUACUUGCUCGUGGCUCCUUGGUUCCACAGGUUUCUGUGAGAUCCACCGUUCUCCAGUCUAUCAGCGCUGAGGUUGAUAUGAGCGAAGCUGCCUUUUCGACAGAGAUCUGGCUUGCUUGCCAUGAUGACGUUGAAGAGAACGCCGAGCUUGGCAGAGAGAUUUGGACGGAAGGCUUCGAGGUGUCGGAGAAGCUAGCUUUCGAAAUGUUGCCCUACCUGUCUAGCAAGGAUGGUCAACUGCGACGCGCUGCAGCUCGAUCACUAGCCGAAGCUAGCAGUGUGCAUCCGCAGGUCAUUGAACCGCUGAUUGAAAAGCUCGAAGAGACAUAUGCCGAACUUGCUAAGCCUCGCCAGCAGGAGCUCGAUCAGUACGGCAUGCCAAAGAAGCUUGACCUUGCCGACCCUUGGGAGGGUCGUCAUGGCAUUGGUUCAGCCUUCAAGGAGCUGGGUCCCCAUAUGAAGAAGCAACAGCUAGACCCCUUCUUCGACUUCCUUAUCCAGAAGGGGCCCCUGGGAGACCAGAACGCUGCAGUUCGAAGUGAGAUGUUGGAAGCCGCCAUUGGCGCUAUCGAUUAUCACGGAAAGAGCAUGAUAGACCGGCUGAUGGCCGCUUUCGAGAAGACCCUGGAAGGCCCGGACAAGAGCACUGAGGCCGCUGAUCGCGUCAGUGAGGCCGUCAUUAUCAUGUACGGCGCGCUGGCGAAGCAUCUUAAGAAGGGAGAUGCCAAACUCCCGAUUGUGGUUGAGCGGCUGCUGGCCACUUUAAGCACGCCGUCGGAGACUGUGCAAUACGCCAUUGCCGAAUGUCUCCCCCCUCUGGUUCAGGCAUGCCGGGACCAGACUCCCAAAUAUUUUCAACAGGUCCUAGGCGUGCUUCUUACGUCGAAAAAGUAUUCUGAGCAGCGAGGCGCUGCAUACGGACUUGCUGGUCUCGUGCAGGGUUGCGGCAUCUCCACCCUGAAGGAUCAUCGCAUCAUGACCACGCUCAAGGGUGCAAUUGAGAAUAAGAAAGAAGCCAGUCAACGCGAAGCUGGCCUCAUGGCGUUGGAGCUUCUGUCAUCACUGCUUGGCCGGAUCUUUGAGCCUUAUGUGAUUCAGAUUGUGCCUGAAUUGCUGACAGGUUUCGGCGACAGCAAUGCAGAUGUCCGCGAUGCUUGUCUUGCUGCAGCCAAAGCUUGCUUUGCUAAGCUGAGUUCCUAUGGCGUCAAGCAAAUCCUUCCGACGCUGCUCCGUGGUCUGGACGACCAGCAAUGGCGUAGUAAGAAGGGUGCUUGCGACCUUCUCGGUGCCAUGGCCUAUCUGGAUCCCCAGCAACUGGCUCUGAGCCUGCCCGAUAUCAUCCCUCCCCUAACCGCAGUCCUUAACGACAGUCACAAGGAGGUCAGAUCGGGGGCAAACAAGAGUCUGAAGCGGUUCGGCGAAGUCAUCAGUAACCCCGAGGUCAAGGGCUUGGUUGACAUCCUCCUGAAGGCCCUCAGUGACCCCACCAAGUACACAGACGACGCUCUCGAUGCUCUGAUCAAGGUUCAGUUCGUUCACUACCUCGACGCCCCAUCCUUGGCUUUGGUAACAAGGAUCCUUCAACGAGGUCUUGGCGAGAGGUCAAACACCAAGCGCAAGGCUGCUCAGGUCAUUGGCAGUCUGGCUCACUUGACCGAGCGGAAGGACCUCAUCUCUCACCUGCCCAUCUUAGUUGCUGGCCUCAAGCUUGCUAUCGUGGAUCCAGUACCGACGACGCGUGCGACGGCAUCAAGGGCACUGGGUUCUCUGAUGGAAAAGCUGGGCGAAGAGGCACUGCCAGACCUCAUUCCAGGCCUCAUGCAAACCCUCAAGGCCGACACCGGAGCCGGCGACCGUCUGGGAUCGGCGCAAGCUCUCAGCGAGGUUCUUGCCGGUCUUGGAACGACAAGGCUCGAGGAAACGCUUCCCACGAUUCUCCAGAACGUGGAGUCGUCCAAGGCAGCCGUUCGUGAGGGUUUCAUGUCUCUGUUCAUCUUCUUGCCCGUAUGUUUCGGAAACAGCUUCGCCAGCUAUCUCGGGCGUAUCAUCCCGCCCAUCUUGGCUGGUCUUGCCGAUGAUGUUGAGUCUAUCCGUGAGACGGCGCUUCGCGCUGGCCGCUUGCUUGUCAAGAACUUUGCCAUGAGGGCCGUGGACCUCUUGCUCCCUGAACUCGAGCGCGGAUUGGCUGACGACAGCUACCGUAUCCGUCUGAGCUCCGUGGAACUUGUCGGUGACCUUCUAUUCAACCUCACCGGCAUCACUGGUAACGCUGAACCUGGCGAGGAGGAGGAGGAGAUGGCCAGAGAAGCCGGCGCCUCUCUGCGUGAAGUGCUCGGCGAGGAGAAGCGCAACAAGAUUCUCUCUGCACUCUACGUCUGCCGCUGCGAUACUGCCAACGCCGUUCGCUCUGCUGCCAUUGGUGUCUGGAAGGCGCUUGUCUCGAGCCCCCGCACCCUCAAGGAACUUGUGCCGACUCUCACGCAACUCAUCAUCCGUCGCCUGGGUAGCUCCAACAUGGAGCACAAGGUUAUUGCAAGCAACGCCCUUGGCGAGCUUAUUCGCAAGGCCGGAGAUGGUGUGUUGUCUACGCUCCUGCCUACUCUCGAAGAAGGACUUCAGACCUCGACGGACUCGGACUCUAAGCAGGGCAUCUGUCUGGCUCUCAAGGAGCUCAUCUCGUCUGCAUCCGAGGAGGCUUUGGAGGAUCAUGAAAAGACUCUCAUCUCGGUCGUCCGAACAGCACUCACUGACUCUGACCCCGAGGUCAGAGAAGCCGCUGCCGAGGCCUUCGACUCUCUACAGCAGAUCCUGGGUAAGAAGGCCGUGGACCAAGUUCUUCCUUACCUCCUCAACCUUCUGCGCUCAGAAGACGAGGCCGACAAUGCUCUGUCUGCUCUCUUGACUCUUCUGACAGAGACGACGCGAUCCAACAUCAUCUUACCCAACUUAAUCCCCACACUCAUCACACCGCCCAUUACUGCUUUCGAUGCCAAGGCGCUCGCCUCGCUGUCCCGAGUUGCUGGUGCCGCCAUGAACAGGCGCCUGCCCAAUAUCAUCAACUCUCUUAUGGAUAACAUUGUCAAUUGCAAGGAGGAUGACCUACGCGCUGAUCUGGAGACAUCCUUCGACACUGUCAUUCUGUCGAUUGACGAGUAUGACGGAUUGAACACGGUGAUGAAUGUGCUUCUGCAACUCACCAAACACGAAGACCAUCGGCGACGCCAGGCGACGGCAAAUCAUCUCGCCAAAUUCUUUGCUGCUGGCGAGGUCGAUUAUUCACGAUACAACCAAGAUAUUAUCAGGUCGUUGCUUGUCUCGUUUGACGAUGGAGAUAUCGAUGUUGUUAAGGCUUCGUGGGCUGCACUCAACGAGUUCACGCGAAAGCUCAAGAAGGAGGAAAUGGAGGCGCUCGUGUUCUCAACACGCCAGGCCUUGCAGCAUGUUGGUGUCCCUGGCGCAAGCUUGAAGGGCUUCGAGCUACCAAAGGGCAUCAAUGCUGUUCUGCCUAUAUUCUUGCAGGGUCUGAUGAAUGGCACAGCAGAGCAACGCACACAAGCUGCUCUAGCUAUUUCCGACAUUGUAGACCGUGCCAGUGAGACGGCGCUCAAGCCGUUCGUCACCCAGAUUACUGGACCCCUCAUUCGUGUGGUGUCUGAAAGGUCCACCGAAGUCAAGGCUGCUAUUCUCCUAACUCUCAACAACCUGUUGGAGAAGAUGCCGAUUGCGCUGAAGCCCUUCUUGCCUCAACUUCAGCGCACAUUCGCCAAGUCGCUGGCUGACACGACCAGUGAACUCUUGCGAGCUCGCGCUGCCAAGGCUCUGGGGACUCUGAUCAAGUAUACUCCUCGCAUCGAUCCCCUCAUCGCCGAGCUUGUAACGGGAUCGAAAACAUCUGAUGCGGGUGUCAAGACUGCCAUGCUGAGCGCUUUGUACGAGGUUAUCAGCAAGGCCGGCGCGAACAUGGGCGAAUCGUCGCGUGCCGCGGUGCUGGGCCUCAUUGAUACGGAAGGCGACGAAAAGGACUCUGCAAUGACCAUCACGAGCGCCAAGCUUCUGGGAGCCCUGAUUAAGAACGUUCCCGAGGAUGCCGCGCAUGGUCUUCUGAGAAACCGUGUCAUCACAAACCAAAUCAGCAAGUCCUCCGUUCUGGCACUGAACGCGGUGCUGGUGGAGUCACCAGAAAGCUUGCUCGGCGGGCCGCUGGCCGACGACCUCCCUGAGGUUCUCUGCCACGGUAUGACAAAUAAGACUCCUUUCAUCGCCGACAACUUCAUCCUUGCCACGGGCAAGUACUUGCUUUCGGAAUCGCCCAAGACGUUUGAAGCCAACAAGAAGAUAUUUGAGACACUGGCAGGCAUCAUCCAGCCUGGCCAGCCAACCGACUCCCGCCGUCUGGCUCUGGUGGUUGCACGCACCUUGAGCCGCGUUGACAUGGACAUGGUACGCCCGCACACGCCUCUGCUCGCCACGCCUGUGUUUGCGAGCGUGAGGGACCCUGUGAUCCCCGUUAAGCUGGCGGCGGAAGCUGCUUUCGUCAGUCUGUUCAACGUGGCGGACGAGGAAAGCAAGGUAUUUGACAAGUAUGUGGAUAAUGCUGGUCUUGCGCCGAAUGCAAAGAGGAGCAUGCAGGACUACUUCAAGCGUGUGGCUCUCCGGCUAGGAGCUCAGGUGCGUGAGAGAAGAGAGGCGGAGGGCGGCCAGGGCGGACUGGGAUUGUCCAAUGAUGAGGUUGAAGACGAAAAGGAGAUUUGGAGCGUGGGCAAGGUAGAUGUGGGAGAGGACAUUUUCGGCAAAUAG